CACGGCAUUCAACCUGACGGAGUGAUGCCCUCGGACAAGACCAUAGGCGGCGGUGACGAUUCCUUUAACACCUUCUUCAGCGAGACGUCUUCAGGGAAACACGUUCCUCGAGCGGUUUUUGUGGAUUUGGAACCUUCUGUCGUGGACGAGGUACGCACGGGAACGUAUCGUCAGCUGUUUCACCCCGAACAGCUGAUCACGGGCAAGGAGGACGCGGCAAAUAACUACGCCCGGGGACACUACACUAUAGGGAAGGAGCUGGUCGAUUUGGUGCCCGACAAAAUACGCAAGAUCGCCGACAUGUGCACAGGACUUCAGGGUUUUCUGAUCUUCCACUCCUUCGGCGGCGGCACAGGAUCCGGGUUCACGUCCCUGCUGAUGGAGCGCCUCUCGGUCGACUAUGGCAAGAAGAGUAAGCUCGAGUUCUCCAUCUAUCCAGCUCCUCAGGUCGCCACAGCGGUCGUGGAGCCUUAUAACUCCAUCCUGACGACCCACACGACCCUCGAGCACUCCGACUGCGCUUUCAUGGUCGACAACGAAGCCAUCUACGACAUCUGCAGGAGGAACUUGGACAUCGAACGUCCUUCCUACACGAAUCUCAACCGUCUCAUUGGCCAGAUCGUGUCUUCCAUUACGGCGUCGCUCAGGUUCGACGGUGCCUUGAAUGUUGACCUGACAGAAUUCCAGACGAAUCUCGUACCCUACCCACGCAUACACUUUCCCCUGGUGACUUACGCUCCUGUUAUAUCAGCGGAGAAAGUGUACCACGAGCAGUUGUCUGUGGCUGAGAUCACCAACGCUUGUUUUGAACCUGCUAAUCAGAUGGUGAAGUGUGACCCUCGCCACGGCAAGUACAUGGCCUGUUGCCUGCUCUUCCGCGGUGACGUGGUGCCGAAGGACGUCAACGCUGCCAUUGCUUCGAUCAAGACGAAGCGUAUGAUUCAGUUCGUGGAUUGGUGUCCUACAGGGUUUAAGGUGGGCAUCAACUACCAACCUCCAACCAUCGUGCCCGGCGGAGACCUAGCCAAGGUUUCUCGAGCCGUGUGCAUGCUCUCGAACACCACCGCCAUCGCCGAGGCCUGGGCGCGACUCGACCACAAGUUCGACCUGAUGUACGCCAAGAGGGCCUUCGUGCACUGGUACGUGGGCGAAGGGAUGGAGGAAGGCGAGUUCUCGGAGGCUCGCGAGGACCUGGCGGCUCUGGAGAAGGACUACGAGGAGGUCGGCGUCGAUUCGGCCGACGCUGACGGAGAGGUCGAAGGCAACGAGUAUUAAAGCUGUUGUUUGAUUUUUUUUUUUUUUUUUUUUGUCUUUUUUUCUGGUUAAUUUUUUUUUUUUUUUUGGGGGGGGGUUUGUUUUUUUUGUUUUUGAUUUUUUUUUGUCUUCGGUUUUGUAUUUUCUUGUCUAUUUGUUUUUUGUUUUUAUGUGUUUUUGUCUUUGUUUUUGUUUGGUUUGGUUGUUUUUCCUUCUUUGUGGAAGGUUUAAAAAAAGAUGUAAGUGUGGUUACGUUAUUUUUUCCGCCUCUUUUUGUUGUUUGUUGUUCAUUAAUAUGACAGAAGGAUCUUUUGUCAAUCCUAUUCAUGUAAGAGCGAUGGAUAAUAUUUUAUUUCACUUUUUGUUUAAUUAUUACUACUGUUAUUAUUAUUAUUGUUUCUUUUCCUCUUUUGUCUCCUCCUCGCUUUCUUUUCUACUUUCAUCUAUUUAUGUAUUUAUUGAACUUUUAUUUGACAUUGUUAUUAUCUUAUUAUUUAUUUAUUCAUUCUUUCCUAUUUAUAAAUAAGCACGUGGUUUAGUAUGGUUGCAAUUCCUGGAUCUUUUUUUACGAAAGGUGACUUGUCUAAACGUAGUCUGUAAGUUGAGGAAAAGUGCAAUUGAAAUGUGCGAUGUUUGCUGCGACUGUCCGGUUUCCUGUAAACUGAAUACAUUACCAGUGGUAUCCACGUU